GCAAACCGAUCCUCGUCCUCCUCACGACCGCAAGCAAGAUAAACGAGCAGCAAGAAGCAAGAUGACGGCAGGGAGAUAUUACUUGACCACCGAUCACCUCUUUGGCGACACUUUUCUCUUAUAGUAUCGGCCCCCAUCUGGAAUUGUCCUUCUCUUAUUAGCCCACACAAGCACUUAUCUUGUCUCGUCUACCUACAACGUCUGUACAAGAAAGACAAGCUUCCAACAAUGGCAUUUGGCGCUGCCCACCUCCAGCUCUGGCUGGGGGCCUUGGUUGUCCUCGGUGCUAUCUACACAUCAUGCCUUAUAUUCUACCGCCUCUUCCUCCACCCCCUCGCCAAAUACCCCGGCCCCUUCCUCGCCAAGCUGACCGACGGCUACAUGGCCUACCACGCCUUCAAAGGUGACCGGCACCUCGAGUUCUGGCGUAUGCACGAGAAAUACGGCAAAUUCGUCCGCUUUGGGCCCAACUCGCUCUCCGUCAACUCCAACACCGCCCUCAAGGACAUCUAUGGCUUCAAGGCCAACGUGCGCAAAGCCGAGUUCUACGACGCCUUUGUCCACCCGGCCCCCAACACCCACAACGCGCGCGACCGUGACCUACACGCCCGCAAGCGGCGCGUCCUGGCGCACGCCUUCUCCGAUUCCGCCAUCAAGGAAGUCGAGCGCUACAUCCUGUCCAACAUCCGCACCUUUUGCGACGCCAUCGGCGACCUUGGCCGCCCCAGCUUCGCUCCGCUAGCCGAUAAGAAGGGAUGGUCUUCCCCGAAAAACAUGUCCGACUGGUGUAGCUGGCUAGCCAUGGACAUUUUGGGGGACCUCUGCUUCGGCAAAGCCUUCCACAUGCUCGAGCGCCCCGACAACCGCUACGCCGUCGACCUCGUCUCCGUCGCCGCCCACCGCCACCUCAUCUGCGGCACCAUGCCCAUGCUCGACAAGCUCUCGCUCGACCGUAUCUUCCUGCGCAAAAUUGCUUCGGGUAGAGCGCAGUACAUGGCCUACAGCCGCCAGCAGCUUGCCGAACGCACGGCGCUGGGUGACGAGACCGAUCGCCGCGAUUUCUUCUACUACCUCCUUAAAGCCCGCGACCCGGAAACAGGCCAGGGAUUCACCACCCCUGAGCUCUGGGGGGAGUCAAACUUGCUAAUCAUUGCUGGGUCCGACACCACUUCCACCGCAAUGGCCGCGACGCUAUUCUACUUGGUCCGCAACCCUACUGCCCUCGCCCGCGUCACAGCCGAAAUCCGCUCCCGCUUCGCUUCAGUUGAAGACAUCCACCAGGGCCCCAGCCUCCAGUCAUGCACUUAUCUCCGCGCUUGCAUCGAUGAAGCAAUGCGUUUGUCACCCUCAGUCGGCGGUCUCCUGCCUCGCGAAGUCCUGCCUGGCGGGAUAACCAUUGAUGGCGAACACGUUCCCCAAGGCACCAUCAUUGGCGUUCCUCACUAUACCAUCCAUCACAACGCUGCUUACUACCCUGAUCCCUGGUCCUACACCCCUGAGCGCUGGCUGUCUACCCAAUCUCCAUCUGAAAAGGCUUCCGGCGCUGCCAUGCAGACGGAGGAACAGAUCCAGCUUGCCCAAUCAGCCUUCUGCCCCUUCUCCAUCGGGCCGCGCGGUUGUAUCGGUAAGGGACUGGCCUACAUCGAGAUGAGUAUCACGUUAGCGAGGGUGUUGUUUUUGUAUGACUUGCGCAGGGCGGUGGGGGUGGAUGAUCCGGCGGAGGGAGGGAAGAAAGGGUCGGAGUAUGGAAGACAUCGCGUGGGGGAGAUGCAGCUGGUGGAUACGUUUACGAGUACCAAGGAUGGGGUUAUGGUUGAGUUUAGGCCAAGAGAGGAUUUGGCUGCUUGAGUGGGCGUUUCGGUGCAUAAUGGAUGGACUGGAAGGGGUGAAACGGGGAUUGAAGGAAAAGAGGGAAGGUUGGACUACUACCCAGUUACUGUUACUGUCACGAUCUUGUUAUGAUAGCAUUACGACGAGCAUGUUGCAUCUUUUCGUAUCACGGUAGUUUGGGUGGUCAUUGUUGGUAAAUCAAGUUGAUCAUCUAUGACACGGGGUUUCCCCGUAAGCACCUUAGCUGCAGAAGGAAGCGACGCCCCAUUGGGGGAAGCCUCAACCUUCGCUCGCCUCAAGUAUAUAAGCUUGACGGCAGUCAGUUGAUAGACAGACUUAGAGUCAGACAGACGAUGAAUCAAGACAUUUCUUC